GAUGUCAGCAGAGGCGCAGCUAGCAGGGAAAGCGCGCUGUUUGCUAGUUUCAGCGCAAACCUGAGUGAAUGAGCGGCGAUAGAAGCGGCAGAACAGCGACUCAUUGAACCAAAGAAAUCAAAGAGGAGACGACUGUGACGUACAGAUAUGGGAGGCCUGCUGUCCCGAUGGAAGACGAAGCUGACCACAGUGGAGCAGCUGGAGAACCUGGACAAGGAAAUCAAAGAGCUGGAGGAGUUCAGAGCCAAGAACCAGCGUCUGCAGAAGCUGUGGGUCGGCCGGUUGCUUAUUUACUCGUCUGUCCUUUACCUGUUGACCUCUCUGAUCGUCUACUGCCUCUACCUGCCUGAACAAUGGCUGCAGAGGAUAGCCAUGGCCCUGCCCUUCUUCCUGUACCCUGUACUCGUCUGGUUCAUCAGGAAAUUACUGAUUUUCCUGUUUUCCAAACGCACUGAGAGAAAUAAUGACAAACUUGAAGACUUGAAGGCUGCCAAAAAGAAGAUUCUGGAGGAGGUGAUGGAAACAGAGACGUACAAAAAUGCCAAACUGAUCCUGGAACGCUUCGAUCCUGAAGCCAAAAAGAAAGCUGAGCUGGAGUCGACUCCGGUGCGUGCCCAGAUGACUCCCAGACCAGGACAAGAGAUUCGUCAGAGAGGGAUGCCGAUGAGGCCGAUGCCAAUGGGAACACCAGUCGCCAUGGGAAUGACUCCUACACCCGGAGCUCGACCCAUGAUGGGGCCAGGAGGGACACCUGUGGAACCUGUUCCUCUCUCAGCUCCAGGAGGACCUCCGGAGAGAUCCGCUCUGUCUGCCUCCAUCCUGCAGGGGGCAGCACCCAGGACGCCCUGCUCCCCGAUACCUGGCGUAGGUCUACAUCCUCCAGGUCCUCCUCUAGCGAGACCCAUCCUUCCCAAAGACAGAGGAGCUAUGGACAGAGUCAUCGAGUACCUGGUGGGCGACGGACCCCAGAACAGAUACGCUCUCGUCUGCCAGCAGUGUUUCUCUCAUAACGGCAUGGCUCUGAAAGAGGAGUUUGAGUAUCUGGCCUUUCGUUGUGCCUACUGCUACUUCAUGAAUCCGGCCAGAAAGACUCGUCCUCAGGCUCCCAGACUUCCAGAGUUCAGCUACGAGAGGAGGCUGAGGGCGGAGUCGCGCUCCCCGGGACCGUCGCACCGCUCUGGGACGGACACGGAGGAGAGCGCGCCCCCCUCUGGAGCCAAAGCUCCGGCUCCGUGGAAUUUGGUCCACAGUUUCUCCAGUUUCCACAUCCAGCAGAGUCCAAAGAACCCCCAGAGCCGACCUCUGCGGAGUCCAGAUGAGAAAGAGGUCGGAGACGACGAAGGACCUGUGAAGGAGGCAGAGAGCCAAUCAGAGGAGCCGACACGGCAGCAGGAGGAGGAAGAGGAGGUUCAGGAAGGAGAAGAGGAAGAGGAAGAGGAGGAGGUUCAGGAGAAGAAGGAGCAGAUUCACAGCGACUUCUGUGAAGCUGAACGUCAGCCGUCGUAGCUGCAGAGUCCAGAGAAGAAGCAGGCGAAGGAUCGACGUUACCGAACAGAAGGUGUUGGUCGGAGGAGACGAGGCGUUCAGAGGCAAAACUGGUGGGUUAGUUACAGGUAGAGGAGGAGGAGUCUGGUUCUAGUGGAAGAUCACAACUACUGAAUGUGUAUGUAUGUAGUCGGGAUGUCCAGGCAGUUUGUAACUGAUCGAUAAGAAGAUAAAGACGUUUUAUUUCUGUAGCAUCUUAUCAAACACAGAGGUUAUUCAAAGUGCUUCACAGGCAAAGAUGUGACAAUAAAAUGCACACAGACUCAUAGAAAACUGACUAAAGCAACUAAAACUGACAAAUCAUAAGAAAGGCAUGUGGAAGAUAAGUUACACAUCUUCGGCUUCAUUGAGCUCAGACUUGAACUCGAUCUUUGUUUAUGUCUGCUGUCACGCAGGUGUCGUCCACAGUGGUCACAUUAGUUCUUCUUCACCAGCCUCCAGGUGCAUCACCACCUGCUGCAGUGUGGAAGGAGAGCAGCUCACUUCAACUUAAAAGCACUCCAGCAGGCGUUUGUAAUUUCUGCCAUGAGAGUGUUUUAUGAAGCAGCAGACCCAGAUCAGCACCUGAACAGGAAACAGUCAGAGAGAAAAGUCCUCAAAGUGGUGACACGAUCAAAAAUACUACAGUCACCCGAGUCAUUAAACGCCUCAGAUACAGAGAUCCAGUUACAGUGAAGUUGUUAAAUCAGUCCAGUGUUCAAACCUGGUUACUGUUUAAUCCUGUAGAGACCAGAGGAGGCGUCACUCAGACUACAGUUCAUGUUGGCAGCAGAGAGCAUUGUGGGAGUUUAGCAGCAGCGGGACCAUGACAGAGACUCUGAGGAGGUUCAUGACCUCCAACUAGAGCUCUGGUGUUUAAGACGAACUGGUGGAACAAAUCAUGCGUCUCUGGACUAAAACAGUAAAAUCAGCUCAGAACACGUCUGCUGUGAUCAGUUUUUGUUAUCAGUUAUUGGUUAUUAACUGCUGUUGAGUAGUUUUUCAUAAAAUGAUUCAAAGUUAGCAUCAUUAUCAUCCUGUUGUGUUCUAGCUUCUCCACUCCUGUGUGACAGCAGACAUAAACGAAGCACCGAUCAGUUAAAUCGCCUCCAUCAGCAGCUUGAAGUCCAACGUGCUGCUGACUCGUCUAUCGGGAACUCGUCCACCAGUUUUGCCUGAAAUGCCUCCAACGUGUCCGAACAGUUUGAAGGUUUCAGACUGAGUCGCUGGAUGUUCAUGUUGCUCUGAUGCUUUAGGAUCGUCUCUGUAAGGAACUUUUAGGUUUACCGCAGCUCGAUGCUUUCAUUUGUUAAUAAGUUUUAUUUUUUUAGGUAGAGCUGCUGAUUCACACGUGGUUCGGAUUCAACAAAACCAAAAACACGCCCAAAUAUCAACUAAACGUCGUUUAAAAAGUCCUUGUUGGCAGCAUCAGACCAACCAGGACGGCAGCAUGGUGUUUACAGUGUGCUCAUACAUGUUUCUGCUGCUUCUCUUCCUGACCCACAUCUACAGCCAACCAGGAACUCACAGGAAGUUCUGACUGUUUGUUGGUAAUGAGUGAGCAGCUGGUGUCAGAUAAUGAUAGGAUGUGAUCAGUUAUCCAGAAGACACUGGACUGAUAUUGAAAAUGAAAUAAUGCAGCGAAACCACCUGCUGGAAGCUUCACCUUUAGAAGGAAGAGAAAAGUAGAGUCUCUGUCGUUGAAGGCGACAGCGGAGGAUUUUUACUGGCGUUAAACUGACAACAGUCAGAUCAGCUGAAAAUGUUGUUUUUGAGCAAAGGAAGGACAGAAAUCUGUCUUUGCAGCUGUUUUUACACUAAACUGUCGUUAAUGUGCAGCACAAGCUGAUCGAUUCAUUCAGUGGCCCUGAUGUGAUUUCAGAAAAACACACAAAACACAAACAAUGACGCCUUCAUAGCAUUUCAAAGUGAGAAAACGCUUCCAAACACAGAAACUCUGCAGGUUCAACAGCAAAAACGUCUGAAUGGGAAACAAAUAUAUUUUUUAAAAAAAUGCAUUUUAGCUCAUUUUCAACACAGCUGACUCAUGAUCGGUGACUUCCAGCUGUCUCAGUGUCUCCUGGUUUCUCUCAUCUCCAUCAAGUCUCUGCAGAGUUUCUGUAUUUCGGUGUCUUUUCUCAAUUCCCAGCGUUUUUCUGGAUGCUGCAUGAACAGAAUGUGGAUCAGAUGCAGAUUCAGAAAGUGAGUUUCACAAACAUAAACAUGAAUUAAUGAUUAUUUAGAUGAAUUUGUUGGUUUUAUUGAGAUGUGUGAGGUGGCAGCUGCCAAAUUAGAGUUUAACAUUUGCUCUAGUAGCUGAAGAAACUGAACUUUACAUAUUUAACAAGCAGAAGAAGCUCAAGCUGCCAAGUCCUCUGCCUGGUUGUUGCCAAUCAUAGUUCUCAGCAGGGUGGUCAUUUGCCAAAUGCUUUGUUUGAUUUGUAUUUCAUGACUUCAUUUGCACUGACUUUUACUGUUUUUUUUUUUGUUUUGUUUUUUUUAUUUAUUUGGCCGUAUCGUGUUUUAAUUGGUGGUUCAGGAGCUGCUGGUUUCAACAUUUAGACGUGUAUUUGGCUUUGAAGGUUCAGCUUCUGCAGCCUUUAGGAAGCUGCAGAUUAGCAUUUGUUAAAUAUUUAAGAGUUUUCUCGAUUCUGGGAUGUCUUUUAUGUUUGCGGCAGGUGCCAUCGGAGUGCCUCAGUUUACUGCUGGAAUAUUUAUUAGUUUACUCGUCUGAUGUUCAGGUACUAGAAGGAGGUUCGUUGUUUGUUUGUCCAGCACCGACAUCGUGGUAUUAAAUUAAGAACUAGUGUCUAUGCAAAUGUACAUAUGUGUCACCUGAGUUGUAGCGCUCAGAGGGCUGAACUACGAGGCAGGAUUAACAUAUCCAGGCUUUCUUUGAGUUAGCUGGAUUAACAAAACCUAGACGAGAUGAGGGGUAUAGUGACUGUGGUUAUCGACUUUCAUUGUUCAGUAGGUUUUUACUUCUGUCAGAGGAGAUUGUUAUAAUAGAGAGCUUUAAAUAAUUGUAUUUUUUACAGUCCAGAGAGGAACGCUGGUAGAAAACUAUCAAUGCUCUAAGUUCAUAUAUUUCUGUUUACACUCAGUGACUCUUAUUUCUAACUUACAGCUGCACAUAGAAGCGCUGAAACUUUAAACUUUAUUGAUUUAAACUAAACAUUCAGGUCUGAAACUGUCCCAGAAAGAAGGAGACGGGAAACUUUUUUUUUUUUUUGACAAAUCAAAGUUACAUGAAUGCUCCUGAUUAAAUAUUCUGUGAUAAAUACCAACAGAACGAUCAACUUUCUAAUCUGUGUUUACAUUUUGUGCUUUACAAACUGAGUACAUGUCGGUUCUUGUGGCAGCACUGUGUUUGGUGCCGAUUUAAAUCCCCAAAAACUGAACAGAACCACAUCUGACCGACUCCGAUUUUAGUCUCAACAAACCUGCUGACUCGUUGAUCCUGCUUCCUCGUUCAGCCCUCUGGUUCCAGAAACAGACCCGGAGAAAUAUUCACGUGAAGUUUACAGACGACACAUUAAAUAGUAUUUAGUGUGAACAGAUUUAUGCGUCCGGUUUUAUGUUUUAGCUCUAAUCCUGUUUCUGGUUGGUUUUUGACGCCUCGAAGCCUCGAAGCAACGCAAUCAUUGGACGAAGUCAAACCUGAGAGGAAAGCUGAGGAGAGACAUGAACUGAAGGUUUCUUCCUCCAACGCCUGGUGAUGGUUGGACUCGUUGUUGGAGUACCGCUGCCUGCUCUGGUUUCCUGGUUGUGGUUUGCUGAAUGCUUCUCACGAGCUGUUUGUCCCCAAUAACACGCUGGUGAUGAAAAUCUGCGUUUUAAACCAUCAUUUAAUAGUUAAAGGACAACAAGUCGUGUCACUCCUGUGUUAAACCGGGUUUUCUUUCUAGUUUUGUUUUGCUUUGCUGGAUUUAUCCGCUGCAUUCCUGCCGAUGCUGUUUGUCAUACAAUGUGUGCAUGGCACGCCUAAUAAAGUUUUUCAACGAUAAGGUAAA